AUGCUGAUUCAAAUAUUCACUGAAACACUCUGUCAACAAUGCAUCAAUGGUGGGUCAGAGGAAUCCAUCUUUGGUUGGAAGCUGCAAAACCACGUCUACAAGACGCUAAAGGCAAACUUUGGAUAUGAGUGCGUACUUAUUUGUCGUCAGGACAGCAGGUGCCAAAGUUUCAAUUGGGUGAUCUCUCUUAACAUGUGUGAGUUCAGCAACAGAACCAAAGAAGCCAGACCUGAGGAUUUUGUUCCCGAUCCAGACAGAUAUUACUACAGGCGAGACAUGAAUCGAGGUAAAGUUUAUGUUAGUUAA